CUUGAGCCAACCCCUCAGUCCCUGGGGAGCCAGGAGAGAGCACUUCCGGGGCGUUUCCAAGACGCUGUAGGGAAGUGACGUACUGUGCGCGGUGGCGCGAUGGAGCCCCAGCAGCAGCAGCAGCAGCUGAGAAACUUGCGGGACUUCCUUUUGGUCUACAAUCGGAUGACGGAACUCUGCUUCCAGCGCUGCGUGCCCAGCCUGCACCACCGAGCUCUGGAUGCUGAGGAGGAAGCCUGUUUGCACAGCUGUGCUGGGAAGCUGAUCCAUUCCAACCACCGCCUCAUGGCCGCUUAUGUGCAGCUCAUGCCUGCUCUGGUACAACGCCGCAUCGCAGACUACGAGGCUGCCUCAGCUGGGCCAGGUGUUGCUGCUGAACAGUCCGGAUCCUCACCAUCAGGCAGCUAGCCCUCCCCAGCCCCAGGAAGGGAGGCACUGGAUGGACCCUCAAAUUGAAGGAGCCAGUGGACCUUGGGCUGGAUGCAGCCUGUAUAUAGAGCGAGGGGUUUCCUGAGAGCUGGGUACUAUUGCUCCUUUUCCUGGAGCCAAUAAACCCGCUUUUACUCUC